AUGUCGUGCAGGAAGGGACUCAUGGGUAGAUUUAUAUGGCAGGCAUGUGGCAAAAGGAAAGAUGAGAAGAACGACCCGAAGGCGGAGGCCUUGAGGAAUGCCGUCCAAGGAACAAGAGUUAUUCGCCCUCUACGCACAAGCACCAUGAUCUUGGUAGGACUGGAUGCGGCUGCCAACGUGACCGUCAUCAGUAACGCGUUGAUGGAUUCCUUCACCAUUCCGGAUCGGACUACAACCUCAUCAAUGGCAUGCUGGCACAGCGUAUAUUCAGGGGUUUGCGUAGAAAUUAAAACCAGCGUUAAACACUUGGGCAAAGUAAUAGAAUCAAGAAUGUUGUUCAGGCCUAAUUUCGAGGCCCUUAUCCCUAAAGCGGAGGUAAUCCCACGGUGCCGUAGGAGGCUCCUUCCGAAACUUCACGGACCGGGGAAGAGGAAGCAACGCCUCCACAGCUGCGUGAUUCACUCGGUGAUCCAUUAUGGGGCGCCGGAUUGUUGGCGGACAUGA